UCCUCUCGGCUCUUCGACUUCCGGAUUUAGGGGAAAAUCGAUUUCUGAAAUCCAUCGAGAGAGAGAUUUCGCGUCUAAAAUAUUUUCGAUUCCCGCCAUUUUCCCUUGCUCUUUCUUUUUUUUUACCUCUCCAAGAAUAACCCCAUCCUUCCAGAAACCCUAACUCGACUAAACUCCAUUUCUCUCCGAAACAAACGAGAUCUCCAAAAAAACCAUGCCGGCCAUCCAAUCCCCACCGGGGAGGAUCCUGCAGCUCGAGAUGGAGAAUUUCAAGUCCUACAAGGGCCACCAGCUAGUAGGUCCGUUCAAGGACUUCACGGCGAUCAUCGGUCCCAACGGCGCCGGCAAAUCAAACCUGAUGGACGCGAUUAGCUUCGUCCUCGGAGUUCGCACCGGUCAGCUCCGUGGAUCUCAGCUCAAGGAUCUGAUCUACGCCUUCGACGACCGAGAGAAGGAGCAGAGAGGGAGGAGAGCGUUCGUCCGCCUCGUCUAUCUCCUCGACGACGGAGUGGAGCUUCGUUUCACUCGUACGAUUACCAGCUCUGGUGGGAGCGAGUAUCGUAUUGAUAAUAGGGUUGUGAAUUUGGAAGAGUAUAAUGGGAAGCUGAAGUCUAUAGGGAUACUUGUUAAGGCUCGUAACUUCUUAGUGUUUCAGGGUGAUGUUGAGUCUGUUGCUUCCAAGAAUUCAAAAGAACUCACUGGACUUAUCGAGCAGAUUUCUGGCUCUGAUGAGCUUAAGAAAGAGUACGAGGAGUUGGAAGAGAAGAAGGCCAGCGCUGAAGAGAAAGCAGCUCUUAUAUAUCAGAAGAAGAAAACUAUUGGGGCUGAGAAGAAGCUGAAGAAAGCACAGAAGGAAGAAGCUGAGAAGCAUCUGAAGCUGCAAGACGAACUGAAAGCUCUGAAGAGAGAACACUUCCUGUGGCAAUUAUAUAACAUUGAGAAUGAUAUCGAGAAGGCAAAUGAAGAUGUUGAUGCUGAAAAGAACAAUCGUAAAGAUGUCAUGGCAAAGCUGGAGAAGUUUGAGCAUGAAGCUCGUAAGAGAAAGGUAGAACAAGCCAAGUAUUUAAAAGAAAUUGCUCAACGUGAAAAGAAGAUUGCUGAGAGAAGCUCGAAGCUUGGAAAAUACCAACCUGAGCUUCUGAGAUUGAAGGAGGAGAUAGCUCGCAUAAAAUCUAAAAUUGAGAGCAGUCGAAAGGAAGUGGAUAAGAGGAAAAAAGAAAAAGGGAAGCAUUCCAAAGAAAUUGAACAGAUGCAGAAAAGCAUUAAGGAUCUGAAUGAGAAGAUGAACGAAUUAAACGAGAGGAGACAAGAUAGCAGCGGAAAACUCCCAAUGCUUGACAGUCAACUGCAAGAGUAUUUUCGAAUAAAAGAAGAAGCUGGGAUGAAAACCAUUAAGCUCAGAGAUGAGAAAGAGGUGCUAGAUAGGCAAUAUCAUACUGAUCUCGAAGCAUUGAGAAAUCUGGAAGAAAAUUACCAGCAACUGAUAAAUAGGGAGAAUGAUCUUGAUGAACAGAUUGAGCGAAUGAAAUCCAGGCAAAAAGAGAUUGAAGAUUCAUCCUCGGAAUAUAAGAACGAAACAGCUAGUCUAAAAAAGCAGUUACGAGCACUGCAAGAAAAGCACCGAGAUGCCAGGAAUGCAUCUGAGAAAUUGAAGACUAGAAUCGCAGAAUUGGAAGACCAGUUAAGUGAUCUAACGGCUGAAAGAUAUGAAAAUGAGAGAGAUAGCAGGCUAACGCAGGCUGUUGAGUCUCUCAAGCGUCUAUUUCAAGGAGUUCAUGGUCGAAUGACUGAUCUGUGUCGACCUAAUCGGAAGAAGUACAACCUUGCAGUUACUGUUGCUAUGGGGAGAUUUAUGGAUGCAGUUGUUGUAGAAGAUGAAAACACAGGAAAGGACUGCAUCAAGUACUUGAAAGAGCAAAGGCUUCCUCCUAUGACAUUUAUUCCUCUUCAGUCAGUACGUGUCAAGCCAGUGCUUGAAAGAUUGAGAAAUUUGGACGGCACAGCAAAGCUGGCGUUCGAUGUUAUCCAGUUCGAUCCUGAGUUAGAGAAGGCAGUCCUCUUUGCUGUUGGAAAUACUCUUGUCUGUGACGACCUUGAUGAAGCCAAACGUCUUAGUUGGACUGGAGAGAGAUUUAAAGUUGUUACUGUUGAUGGAAUAUUACUCACAAAAGCGGGAACAAUGACUGGUGGUACCAGUGGUGGAAUGGAAGCAAAGUCUAACAAAUGGGAUGACAAGAAAAUUGAAGGACUGAUGAAAAAGAAAGAAGAAUAUGAACUGGAACUGGAAAAGGUUGGAUCUAUUCGAGAUAUGCAGAUAAAGGAGUCCGAAAUAUCGGGUAAAAUAAGUGGACUUGAAAAAAAGAUUCAGUAUGCCGAGAUUGAGAAGAAAAGCAUCCAAGAUAAACUUCCACAUCUUGAGCAAGAGAAACGGAAUAUUACUGACGAAAGUAGGCGCAUCAAUGUUGAACUUUCUAAGUCAAGAGCUGAGGUUGAUAAGAGGAAUACAGAAAUCAGGAAGUUGGAGAAAAGAAUCAAUGAGAUUGUGGACCGUAUCUAUAGGGAUUUUAGCCAGUCUGUUGGUGUUGCCAAUAUACGUGAAUAUGAAGAAAAACAGCUCAAGGAGGCUCAAGAAGUGGCGGAAGAAAGGCUGAAUCUGAGUAACCAGCUUGCUAAGUUAAAGUACCAGGUGGAAUAUGAGCAAAACCGAGAUGUGGGGUCACGAAUUCGAAAGCUAGAAUCUUCUAUCAGUUCGUUGGAAACUGAUUUGGAGAACAUACAGAAGAGGAAGUCCGAACUUAAGGAGUUAACAGAAAAAGCUACUAAUGAAAUCAACAAUUGGAAAAAGGAAAUGGGAGAAUGCAAACAAAAAGCAGAAGAGUAUGAAAAAGAAAUUCUGGAUUGGAAAAAGCAGGCUUCUCAAGCGACAACAAGCAUAACCAAACUCAAUCGUCAGAUAAACUCUAAGGAAACGCAAAUUGAGCAGCUGAUCUCGCAAAAACAGGAAAUAGUUGAGCAGUGUGAGCUUGAACGUAUUGCGCUUCCUGUUUUAUCAGAUGCUGCGGAGGAAGACGACUCAGAUGGGCCACAGUUUGACUUUAGUGAGUUGGAUAGAGCUCAUCUCCAAGAACGGAGACCAUCUGCUCGUGACAAGAUGGAUGCGGAAUUUAGGCAGAAAAUAGAAUCGAAAUCAUCAGAGAUCGAAAGAACGGCCCCAAACUUGAGAGCUCUUGACCAGUAUGAGGCUAUACAAGAGAAAGAAAAACAAGUUAGCCAAGAGUUUGAAGCUGCCAGGAAAGAGGAGAAACAAGUAGCGGAUGCAUACAAUGCUGUUAAGCAGAAGAGGUAUGAGCUAUUUAUGGAAGCGUUCAACCACAUUUCUAAUAUCAUUGAUAAGAUCUACAAGCAGCUAACCAAGAGUAAUACGCAUCAAUUGGGUGGGACUGCUUAUCUAAACUUGGAGAAUGAGGAUGAUCCGUUUCUACAUGGUAUAAAGUAUACUACAAUGCCCCCGACAAAGCGUUUCCGUGACAUGGAACAGCUCUCUGGAGGAGAGAAAACAGUUGCGGCUUUGGCUUUGCUCUUCUCCAUCCAUAGCUAUAGGCCUUCGCCUUUCUUCAUACUGGAUGAAGUGGAUGCUGCGCUCGAUAAUUUAAACGUUGCAAAAGUCGCUCAGUUUAUACGUAGCAAAUCCUGCCAAGCCGCACGUGACAACCAGGAUGCAGAGGACGGGCAUGCCUUCCAAAGCAUUGUAAUAUCUCUCAAGGACAGCUUCUAUGACAAGGCUGAAGCUCUGGUUGGAGUUUACAGAGACGUCGAUAAGAGUUGCUCGAGUACGAUGUCUUUUGACCUUAGGAACUACGCAGAGUCGUGAUUGGUUCAACGACCCCCCCACCUAGGGGUUGUUUAGGGUUUAGGCAUGCAACUGCUGUAUGGUGCCUUUAAAUGGGGUUCAUCCAAGCAUAGAAGCUUUGUAAGAUGUGACGCUGUAGAAGAUGUGAAAACUUUUUUAAUGUUGUAUCAGAAACUCAGGAUGCUAGUUUUAUGAAUCUGGUUGGUGUCUUAUACUAGAUUAAGGUGGAAAGUACGAUGACAGUUUGUGUAUACAUGUUUUAAGUUUCUAUUGAAUGUUUUUAGCUUA